AGCCAUAUAAGAGGCUUUGGCCUAAGCCGUUCCCGAGCGUAAACAAUUCCACCUUUGUCGACUUCCAAGAGCAAAUAUUUGGUUAAAAAUUUUUAGCACGAACUCGUCACACAGGCCCACGAAAAUGUAAAUAUCGCCCGAGUGGCCAAAAGAAACAUAAGACUGCAAGUGAGCGAAAAAGACCGGGGGAAAACCGACUGCCAAUGAACCUGAAUCAGCAUCAAUACCAGCACUGCUAACCGUUCUGCCUGCUCAUCUUCUGCCGCCCAAAACAAGUCUGUUUUCAGUUGAUAGUUGGCUUCCGAUGUGAAACGACGAAGAAAGUGUUCCCAGAGAUCGGGGUCACGUAUUAAAUUUUUGCGUAUUUGAGGCCGCAUCUGACCAAAUAUCAAUAGAGUUUACACUCUUAAUUGGCUGUCGACAAGAAAACAAAGCCUCUCUCUUCAACCUACGCCACCGCCUCUCUUCUACCUAUCAGAGGCCUCACUCAGAAAUUAGUUGAUAAGAAGCUGCCCUUAGUUCGACCAGAACAUUUACCAUGCGACUCUGCUGCGGAAUGGUAGCUUUUCGGAUAUUGUUGAUUGUGUUCUCGUUAACUCUGUCGAAGGGUUAUAGCGCUGGAAUUGGAGGAUCGCGGCCAAUCCGUUCUGUUGAAACACUGACUCAGUGGCGCCAGUUGGAGUAUGGUUUCCCCACUGCUCAGGAUCGUGAGAAUGCCCAGACGGCGGGUAAUCUAGUGCCCGAGAAUGGUACUCCCAUCGAUGUGCAGGCCCAUUAUUUGCCCAAUGGUAUGAUCAGGUUGUUCACAACCAUUCCACGUUUUGCGACUGGAAUUCCCUAUACAUUGGCCACCGUUUCCUCGACGCAGGGUAGGAAUGGCCCUCUUCUGCAGCCAUAUCCCAGCUACUCCUGGCACAAUGGCAACGGCGAGAACUGCGACUUAAUAACCUCCGCCUUCCGAGUAGCUGUCACAGAGUGCAAUCAAUUGUGGGUCAUUGAUUCGGGAAUCAUUGGCAGCACCCAGUAUUGUCCGCCACAAUUGCUGCAGUUUGACCUGAGCACCGAUCGCCUGCUGCAUCGCUAUCGUUUUCCGAACAGUACUUACAUUCCGAGCGCUUCUUUGUUUAUAACUCCAAAUGUUCUGGUGCAGGAUCCUCCGCCGAGGGGAACUUGCAGUCGCACCAUGAUCUAUGUUGCCGAUGUGAGCUAUCAUGGCUUAGUGGUUUACGACCACCACGCGCAGACAUCCUGGCGGGUAGAAAACCGUUUCAUGUACCCCGAUCCGGAUUACGGCAAGCACACCAUUGCCGGCGAGAGCUUUUAUCUGAUGGAUGGCAUGUUUGCGUUGAACAAUAAUAAGCGAAAUCUGUAUUUCCAUCCAUUGGCUAGUGCUAGUGAGUAUUCCGUGCCAUUAAGUGCUCUAAAUAGACAGGAGAACUGGGCAAAUGGGCCAGAGGCCCUGCCGGAGCAGUUCAUCUUACUGGGCAGACGGAGGAGUGAGUGCGCCGCAUCCGCCAUCGAUAGCAGGAAUAACGUAUACUGCGUAACAUUCAAUCCUAUCAAACUAUUCGUAUGGAACGUAAACACACCUUAUAAUUCGCGAAGUUUUGGCAAUCUGCCGGCCAAGUCCGAUGAGCUUGAGUUUGUCAGCGGUAUGAAGGUGGUACGCAACUCCGCCGGACAGGAAGAGCUAUGGUUGCUCUCCAAUCGUUUUCAGAAAAUUGCCGCAGGUACACUGAACUCCAAUGAGGUUAACUUCCGCAUUCUGCGUCGAAAGUUGGAUGAUGUUCAGGGAGGCGUUUUGUUCAAUAGCGACGAAGACCUAACGAAUCGCUUGGUGUUUAACUAGUUAUUUACCAAAUCCAACUAAAUUAAUCUAUGUAAAUAUUUAUGUUGUUGUAAAGAUUACUGGAGAAUUGGCGGGCGAGUUGUUAGAAAACAACGAAAUACCAAGGAAUUUUAUUGCAGCCUAUCAUGAAUUGUAAGUUAUGUAAAUCAGAUGAUUAAAAUUUUAUUUCUGCUUUAA